CCCGCCGCUGCGCUGGGGACCGGGAUCCGCGCGUCCGGGGCGGCUGGCGGCGCGGGCGGGCGCGGACGGCAGGCUGGGGGCGGCGGCAGCGAGGGGCCGCGCGCGGAGGGCGCCGGGCGCAGCAUGGGCGGCCCACGGGCCUGGGCGCUGCUCUGCCUCGGGCUCCUGCUCCCGGGAGGCAGCGCCGCGUGGAGCGUCGGGGGAGCGCAGUUCUCAGGACGCAGGAACUGGUGCUCGUACGUGGUGACCCGCACCAUCUCAUGCCACGUGCAGAACGGCACGUACCUUCAGCGAGUGCUGCAGAACUGCCCCUGGCCCAUGAGCUGCCCGGGCAACAGCUACAGAACCGUGGUGAGACCCACAUACAAGGUGAUGUACAAGACAGUGACCGCCCGGGAGUGGAGGUGCUGCCCCGGGCACUCGGGGCCCAGCUGCGAGGAAGUUGCAGGCUCCUCUGGCUUCGUGGAGCCCAGGUGGUCAGGCAGCGCCAUGCGGCGGAUGGUGCUCCGGCCCACAGCCUUCUCAGGUUGUGUCAACUGCAGCAAGGUGUCGGACCUGGCGGAGCGGCUGAAGGUGCUGGAGGCCAAGGUCGCCCUGCUGACUGUCACCCAGCAGGAGGUGCCCCCAACCCCAGCUGCCCCCGAGGACCCCGCCCCUCUCUGGGGCUCCCCAGCUGCCCAGGGCAGCCCUGGAGAUGGAGACCUCCGAGGGCUGCCCGGAGCCAGAGAAACCCCGAGGGCCCCGCUGCUCCCUCGAGAUGACCGAGUUGGUGCCCGGGGACUUCCCGGGCCCAUUGGCCCCAAGGGAGACAUUGGCAGCCGGGGCCCAACAGGAAUGAGAGGCCCCCCAGGUCCACAGGGCCCCCCAGGGAGCCCUGGCCAGGACGGAGCUAUGGGCAUCCCUGGAGAAAGGGGACCACCAGGCCCCCCAGGGCCCCCGGGGCCCCCCGGCCCCCCAGCCCCCGUUGGACCACCCCACGCCCGGAUCUCUGAGCAUGGGGACCCAUUUCUGUCUAACACCUUCACUGAGACCAGCAGCCACUGGCCCCAGGGACCGGCUGGGCCCCCUGGGCCCCCAGGGCCUAUGGGUCCCCCUGGACCUCCUGGUCCCAUGGGCAUCCCUGGGAGCCCUGGCCAUACAGGACCCCCAGGCCCCACUGGACCCCAAGGAAUCUCUGGCCACCCCGGAGAAAAGGGUGAGAGAGGACUGCGUGGAGAGCCAGGCCCCCAAGGCUCCAUGGGACAGCGGGGGGAACCUGGCCCCAAAGGAGACCCCGGUGAGAAGAGCCAUUGGGCUCCUAGCUUACAGAGCUUCCUGCAGCAGCAGGCUCAGCUGGAGCUCCUGGCCAGACGGGUCACCCUGCUGGAAGCCAUCAUCUGGCCAGAACCAGAGGGGUCAGGGGCAGGCCCUGCCGGCGUGGGCACCCCCAACCUCCUUCGGGGCAAGAGGGGAGGACACACAGCCAACUACCGGAUCGUGGCCCCCAGGAGCCGCAACAAGAGAGGCUGAGGGUGGCGGUGGCCCCUCGGGUGGGCCAGGCCAGCCGCCUCCGGGGGCCGCCCAUCCAUAUUUAUUAACGUCCUCAGGGUCCCUCUGCCACCUAGGCCUUUGGGGGAAGCAGGGCUAGGUCCUGGCCCCCCAGGCAUG